AUGGCCCCGCAGGAUCCGCUCCAGCAGACAGACUUUCGAAGGUCGGAUGACCCCUCGAGCCACGUCGAAGCGGAGCACUCCGGUUCAGAGCGAGACAAUGGCAACAAAGGGUUGCGCGACACGGGCCGACGGAAAGCUGUCGAGACAACGGCGCGUGUCAUCUCGACGGACGUGAUGUUAACGCGUUGUCGACGUAUCCAGUUACUGGCCGAUGCUAGUUUGGUGGUGGCAAACGAUUCUGUGGACGCGCCUGCGGCCGAAUAUGCGGGCCCUCCCUCGGUCGGACGUCGUCGCGGGAUAUCGUAUAGUCCGUUUCUCAUAAGUGAAUUAGGGGCGAUUGGAUGGACGCGAGACGGACGUGGGAAGAACAAAAAGAUCGGAACAAACACAAGUUACAGUCCCGCGGACAAACACCACCGGCCCACCGACGACUGCAUCAAUAAACCAAACAAGGGCGGCAUUCUAAGGGUGAAAGAUCUAGAAGACGACGCCGUCACCGGCGAUCAAUCAAACUCGCGGACCCCGCGCAAUCAUCGCCGCUGGAGUCCACGCGAAAGCAACAAACCCUCC